AUGGUCCUGUGUCGUAAUGAUCAUGAAUAUUUAUUGAAAUUUUUGUUGGUUGGUGAUUCGGACGUUGGUAAAAAUGAGAUAACCGAUCUGCUGUCGUCAUCAUCUAACACUACCGCAACAGACCAUGGUGUUAAUAAGAAAUUGCCAACUACAAGGGAAUCUGCUGUUUCUUCAGCAUUCUUUACACCCGUUGGCACGUCUUCGAAAACUACAACAAUUCUGCUCGAAGGAAGACGAGUUCGAUUGCAGCUAUGGGAUACGUCUGGGCAAGGCCGUUUCUCGACAAUAAUCCGAUCAUAUUCGCGUGGUGCACAGGGUAUCUUAUUGGUUUAUGAUAUCACCAAUCGUUGGUCUUUCGACGGAAUUCGUAGAUGGCUCGCUGAAAUUGAUGAGUAUGCACCUGGAAUACCAAGGAUUCUAGUGGGAAAUCGACUGCAUUUAGAGUUCAAUCGAGCUGUUUCGCGUGCCGAAGCUGAAACGUUUGCUCACAAACGAAAUAUGCAAUAUUUUGAGAUUUCGACCCUUGUUUAUUUUAAUGUUCAUGAAAGUUUAACGGAGCUAGCACGAUUGGUCAUUCAGCGAAACGGUAUGCAUUGGUUAUGGAGGACAAAUCAAGUAUCAAACUUACAAGACCUGUGCUGUCGUGCCGUUGUGGCUUGCGUAAAAAAUAUACACGCUAUUGAGCGUUUACCUCUACCAGCAUUUCUUAAAUUCAAGGUGCGUUCGUUUGCUCAAGGUGCAGAAGUGUGUAUGGGCUCGCUACAAAGAAGGCAUCAUACUCAUCAUGGUAAUCAGAGUGCCCAUAAUAAUAAUAAUAGUAACAAUAAUGUAGUGACGACGAAUCCAACUAAAAAUAAUCAUUAUUAUCAUGCAGUUCUAUCUGAUGUUACACCUCGGCCAAUUGCACGUUUCGUGCAAGCUUCUGCCGAUAUCAACAGACGACGUUUAUUGCGUAGUGGGAACUGUAAAUUAAUGUAA